GCUCGGUAGGAAGUACGUUACGGCGACCAGACGGUCCGUGAUGAUGGAGCUCGGGCUGUUGAGACGACAGCGCUCAUUAUGAUGAUAUGUGAUCUGUGUGAGCGGCAUCAUGCACAUGUUUGCUCGCCUGACACGCGAUGUGACUGCGGUAUCGGGUCAGGUAUGACUCGGGAUGCUUGUAGCUAGCUAGCUAGCUGUUAGCUUAGUCAGCCCCGCAUCCUCCCUGCUACCUGCUACGGUCAGAGCUCCAGCUCCAGCUAGCAGCUCAGCUGAUCAGCUGCAGCACCGCGCCGAGCCCGGAGACAACAUGACGAGGCCCUAAUGUCAGAUCGGCGACGGUGUGUUCAGGCAUCAAAUACAGACAUGGCGUCGCAGCUCCAGGUGUUCUCCUCUCCCUCUGUGUCCUCCAGUGCCUACUCUCGUUCAAAGAGGCUCAAAGUGGAGAACCCUGCCUGGGAUGUGUCCAACCAGCUGGGAGACAAUGGUUACUACCAACAGAGCCCCACCCAGGGAGCUGUACCCUCCACUUCUGGCUCUAACUUCAAUCCAGUGUACAACCCCAACCAGGUGCAUCCGCCGACUGCAGGCUCCCGGGAGCAGACAGUGGUGCGGGCGGCAGACAGCACAGGUAGCCUUCGCGGACCUCCCUCCUCCUCCUCGUCCUCCUCCUCUAGCCGUCGCGUCAAGGAUGCGGAGUCCUCCUCCCAGCCGUGUGACCUCUACCACAAGCAGUACAGCUUGAAGCGGAAAAGCGAGGAGGUGGACAGCAGCGACAGCGUCCAGAUACUGGAGGAGCUCUCGGCCCCCGUGGUCUCAAACCGCACUGGUGGUGGAGGGGGGACCACCACAGCUCAGUCCAUAGCACAUUCCACAUCUACCACAAAGAGCAGCAACUCCCACAGUGAGGGCGACUACCAGCUGGUCCAGCAUGAGAUCCUGUGCUCCAUGUCCAACAGCUACGAGGUGCUCGAGUUCCUGGGACGCGGUACCUUCGGCCAGGUGGCAAAAUGCUGGAAGCGAGGCACAAAUGAGAUAGUGGCUAUUAAAAUCUUGAAGAACCAUCCCUCUUAUGCUCGGCAAGGUCAAAUAGAAGUGAGCAUCCUCAGCAGGCUGAGCACAGAGAACGCUGACGAGUUCAACUUUGUCCGCUCGUACGAGUGUUUCCAGCACAAGAACCACACGUGCCUUGUGUUUGAGAUGCUGGAGCAGAACCUUUACGACUUCCUGAAGCACAGCAAGUUCAGCCCCCUGCUGCUCAAGUGCAUUCGGCCCAUUCUGCAGCAGGUCGCCACAGCGCUGAUGAAGCUGAAAAGCCUGGGGCUGAUCCACGCCGACCUGAAGCCUGAAAACAUUAUGCUGGUGGAUCCUUUGAGGCAGCCGUACAGAGUGAAAGUCAUUGAUUUUGGCUCCGCCAGCCACGUGUCCAAAGCGGUUUGCUCCACCUACCUGCAGUCACGAUACUACAGAGCUCCAGAGAUCAUCCUGGGCCUUCCUUUCUGUGAGGCCAUCGACAUGUGGUCCUUGGGAUGUGUCAUUGCUGAGCUGUUUUUGGGAUGGCCCCUUUAUCCUGGAGCCUCAGAGUACGAUCAGAUACGUUACAUUUCCCAGACACAGGGCCUUCCAGCAGAGUACCUGCUGAGUGCAGGGACUAAGACCAGUCGCUUUUUCAACAGAGGCCCGGACUCGAGCUACCCCCUCUGGAGACUGAAGACACCCGCAGAGCAUGAGGCAGAGAUGGGGAUCAAAUCAAAGGAGGCAAGAAAAUACAUCUUCAACUGUCUUGACGAUAUGAUGCAGGUGAACAUGACGAGCCUGGAGGGGACGGACAUCUUGGCGGAGAAGGCUGACAGACGGGAGUUCAUAGACCUGCUGAAGAAGAUGCUGACGCUUGACGCGGACAAACGGAUCACGCCCAUGAAGACUCUGAACCACCCCUUUGUUACCAUGACGCACCUGUUGCACUUCCCUCACAGCUCACACGUGAAGUCCUGCUUCCAAAACAUGGAUAUAUGCAAACGCAGAUGCAGCGCCUUUGAGAAUGGAAAAAACAUGUUUGCCAGCAACAAUACCCCAAGUGCUGCCACCAAUCUCACUGUCACCUUUAGUAGCCAACUAAACCAGCACAAUCAGAUGGCCUCUACGGGAGGCCAGUCCCUGUCCCUCAGCAGUAACGUCCCGUUGCUGAACUACCAGCCCGGCCUCUACCAGCAGGCCACCAUAAACAUCCCGGGCCUGACCCAGCAGGGCGUACCCCUGCAGACCAGACCCACCCAGCUCUGCACCCAGACCGAACCCUUCCAGCAAACGCUCAUAGUUUGCCCUCCGACCAUCCAGGGUCUUCAAACAUCCAAUAAGCCCUCUGGUUAUCCGGUGAGGAUGGACAACUCAGUACCCUUAGUCCCUCAGAACCAGUCGUCCCAGUCUCUUCACAUCCAGCCCGGCAUGCUGGCACAGGCCUCCCUCGACCCCCUGCUGGUAGGCAGCCUGUACGGCUCAGUGGCGGGAAUGCCACGUUUAGGCUCGGUCCAGCUGCCAGUUGGCUGUAGGGGUGGAAACCUCUGCAGCUUUCUGGAUCAGAAUGCCUCCAUGCUGCAGGGCUGGCCAGCAGGCACACAGCAGAUCCUCAUCCCUUCCACAUGGCAGCAGAUGCCAGGCAUGGCCAUCCACAACCCUGGGCAGACCGUAGUGCCUGACUCACCUAUGGGAGCCCCGGUCUCUGACAGUCAACAAGCUUCUGGCUGGAGGGGUCGUCACGGCAGCCAGUACGAUGGCGCCAGCCAGCAGGACUCUGGUGUUGGCCGUCACGCUGCCUCCCAGAACCACAACUCAGGGGCCGCUCACUCAAGAGCCCAACAGGGCAAGAGGUCAAAGGCUCGACAUGCUGAGAGCAGAGCCAGGCCUGUGUCAUCGGUGCAAUCAGCCGCCACUGUGGUCCACAAUACUUUUGCUGGUGACCAGUCUCAGCCCAUCGUCAUCUCUGACACACCCAGUCCCGCUGUCAGCAUCAUCACCAUCCACAGCGACUCAGAAGAUGAGGAUGACAGGAAGUUCCCUGCUGCAUGCUCUGGAACGAGCCAGAGGACCAACGUGAUCAGCUGUGUGACAGUACACGACUCCCAUGACUCUGAUUCCUCCACCAGCAGCCCCCUCAGCCCCAAGACCACCUCACAGCCCACCAAGUCUCUGGCCAUUAUCAUGCCCUCAGUGAAGAGCCAGCCUGGAGAGAGCACAACCCAUAAAGCUCCAGCAGCUCCAGAACAAGCUACAAGUGGCUCUGGAAAGUCCAAGAAGGGGUCGGCUCAGCAGUCAAGUCGGCCAGCAGAGUCCAACACUGAUCGCCACCAACGGGCCGCAUCCAGCAGAUCUCAGCCUCUUAACCUGAGUCAGGUACAGCAGUCUGUGAUGUCAUCCUCUCAUGACCAAACAGGAAGCAGUAGUUCCCUGAGGCGGCAGCCCACCUACCCCCCUCCCGUCUCCUCCCACUCAUCCUACCGGCUUCACGAGAACGCCCUCUUCAGCUCGACCCCCAACCUGUACGCCUACCCGGCCUCUGCCGCCCUGGCCUCCGUGUCCCAAGCUGUGGACCAGAUGCAAGGUGGCUCGUCCCGCCACAGCAGAGCGAGCGGGGCGUAUUCCUCCCUGGCGCUGCUCCAGAAGAACGGCAGCUUAGCCCUGGGGGGGUCUGCUCCGGGACAGUACGGCAACCAACAACAACAACAACAACAACAACAGCCGCAGCAGCAGCAGCCGCAGCAGCAGCAGCAGCAGCAGCAGCAGCAGCAGCAGCAGCAGCAACAUCAGCUGGCAGGGCAGCCUUUCCACCGCUCCAGUGCUGCUUACCAACGAAAACUCACCCAGUAUCCCUACCUGUAAAGACUGACUGACUGAGGGCUGAUUGAGACAGAAGCUCUGCACGAAGACCAAAUGAAGACCGAGACUAGAGAGGAGCACAAGCUCAUCACAGGCGGCUGUGACUGGACUUGUUUUCAACUCAACUUUUUACUUUCCCUGCACUGUCCAGUCUUUGUUUUUAAAACUUUCUCUGAUUAUUUUGGAUAAAAUAAUCACAGAAUGUAUUUAUAUUUUAAUCAUGAUAAUUUUUUUUUUUUUUUAAAUCUAUUCCUACUUUGGAGUUUGUGUUGCAUACCGGUGUGUUAACAGCGACUAACAGUGCAGUCUGGAAGCUCCUGAGCAGUGUUGGUGUUGGCGCCGUACUCCAGCACAUCUGAUUUGAAACUGAAAACAACGAGGAAGAAGUUAGAGGGUUUAUACUCACAUGAGAUAAAGCUCUUGGGAAUUGUUUGCCCUUUUUAUACAUAGUGCCCGAAUUAAUGGGAACAAAAUCCUGUUACUACUUACAGACUGCACUGUAUGUGUUAACAUGUAAAACCUAAAAAAGGUUGAUUUUAUUUGAAAAAUGUGUGUUAAGAAGAAACUGGAACUUGACUAACUGUUAUGCUGCUCUGUUAUUAUCGUAAUUAUUAUUAUUAUUAUUAAUAAUUAUUAUAAAUUGUCAAUCAUCAAAUAAUUGUUUAAAAGUUGCAUUUACAUAUACACAAUCGCCUUACUUAUUUAGGCCAAUUUCUGUUGUUAUUUUAAAUCUGUCAGCACGUUGUGAUGAGUUAGAUGAAUAUGUUGUGUGUUUUCUUUAUGAAUGUAGUGUGUGUUUACCUGUGCUACAAAAACAAAUGGAGAGCGUAAGCUAUGUACUGUACUGUAUAAUGAUGUGUCACUGUGUUCUUCAAUGUUUUCCACGUUAAUUCCGUUUCAGUAUCAGCCAUUAACUUAAUUAUAUUUCUAUGUUUAGUAUGUUGAAUAAUGCAGUACAUUUCACUGUAGAGUAGGGUGUGGUGUUCAGAGGGGGACUGUCCUGUUUUUUACGGUUUUAAAGUUAGUGUUAAGGUUGCAUGUGUCGGACAUGGAGUAGCAAUCAGGAGAGAUUUGUAAACUACAGCUGCACCGGGUGUCGCUCACAGAAGGAUUAGUAAUGUUAUGUUUAAUUUGUACGACAAACACAUUAACGAUAUUGGGGAAAAUGUAAAAAAAAGCUCUUGUCUUGUGAAGUGAUGUCUGUGAAGUAAAAGCGUGCACAUAAAAUCUGAUUGGGUAUCACACUUAUCAUGUAAAAGUUAAGGCCAUUUAGAUGACAAUUGUAAAAUUCACAGUGAUGCGUUUGAAUUGUGAAUAAUCAAAUCCGACAAAGAUGAUUUAUAGAAAUAUGAAUUGAUGUUCAGUAUGUUCACUGCUUCUAAACAAAAUCAUUGGUUUGGUGAAAUGAUGGUUGUUCUCACAAUCCUGCUGUGUUGUGAAGUGCUACAUUACAUUGGACACACAAUGAACCUUAACCCGUAUAUACGCAAUAAAAUCUUCUCAAAACAGAA